AUGGCGGAGGCGGCCUCUGACUCCUCGCUCGCCCCGCCCGCCGAGCUCGUCAGCCAGCUCGGCUUCUACUUCUCCGACUCCAACCUCCGGCGCGACCGUUUCCUCAUCCGCCUGACCGGCGCCGACGGCACGGGCGCGGUGCCCAUCGAGACGCUCGCCACCUUCAACCGCGUUGCGGCCCACACGCAGGACGUGGGCGUGAUCGUCGCUGCGCUGCGGCAGGCCCCCGGGCUAGUCGUCUCGGACGACGAGCAGUCGGUGCGGCGCGUCUCGCCUCUUCCC